AUGAGUGACAAGGAGAAUGGAGGAAAAAACAAAACCUAUACAGCUGAUGGUGCUGCGCAGUCAACCUCGGUGCAACCUGCAGACAAGUUGAUGGAACUGCGCAGAUGCAUACCAUUUAUCAAAGAGGUGGCCCACAAUUCUGGACGCUUUCUGACUGCCGAAAAAUAUUCAAAGCUUUUAACCUUACAGCACCUAUUGGAGAAUCAUUCAACACCUGAAGAUUUUUUUCGUCGAUACUCUGUGGACUUGUUAGCCAAAAUUGAGAGUAUUAUUAUUAAAUUGAAGAAAAGCUAUAAUGCGCAAAAUAAAACGCCUGACGGGACUGUCAUCGUCUUGGAUGACGACGAGGAUGAUACAAAUGCAGAGCCUACCAGCAGCAACGGGCAACAGUCAACAACAUCCGAGCCAUCUGAUAAGACCGGCUCCGCUCAGCAACCGGAGCCGCAGCAGUCGAAUGGCGAAGCUGCCAAAUCAAUUACAACCGUACAUGAGGACAUAAUACCUUUAACUGUGGAAACUAUAUCUAUGCCGGCUGUCAUACUGGACCAAUUUGAGCAGAACGCCAAUCCAUCUCCAACAACCAUUGACAUGAACUCUCCCGAAGACGCCAAUGGGGCUGAUUUUACGCGCAGAGAUAAUGCGAGCAAAUCACAUCUGCCAUGGACAGCCUUUGAGCGUCGAGACUAUUCGGCAACGAGCAAAUUGGGAAUUGAAAGGCGCCCAAAUCCAACGCCGCCGCUUACCAAAUCUCUGGCAGAGGAAUAUGCAAAGAAGCGCGCCAAAGUAGCGUUGUCGUCGAUUGCCCCCGCUCCCGGGGCCUCGCUGGAGGAAGCUCGCAAGAAGCUAGCCAGGCUGCGUGGCGCCCCAGAUUGCACACCGCGUAUGCCUAGUUCCGCAGAUUGCACCAUGGCACCCAUGGCGUCCAAUAGCAAGGAUCCGCGAGGACGAAAGGCUUCUACAAGUAAGCUUACUAUGGCGGAUGAGAUGCCACCAUCGCCGCCCAGCUGGCGCAAAGGGCAACCGGUGCCAACAACUUACAACAUUCCGUUGCUGUCCAACCGUCCUAAUCUUAUUAACAUUAACUGCAACAACGACCUUUCUCAAGUUCCUUCGCCUAGCUGGGCCAACAACAAUCUUGGAAAUCAAACAAAUAACAACAAAUUUUUCGGUAUAUUUAACUCCAGACGUACACGCCGUUCGUCGUCAGCGCAGGAGCGAGUCGCAUCGGCAACUCCUCCUCCAGCUCGUUCCUAUUUCGAGCAUCGCCAAGCCAAGGCGCGUGAGGCUGAUGCAGCGAAAAAGCAGCGACUGCUGGAAGCCGCUGAGAAACCACGUGAAAUUGAGACUGAUGAGCAGACGGUGGUCACUCCACUUGAUAAUCAAGUAAAGAAGCUGGACACAUCGUAUCGAAAUCUGGGCGAAGCGGCUCCAAGGGCAAAAAUUAAUUUCAAAAUUCCAAAGUUAAAUCCAGCCAAGGCUACCAACAAAAAGAUCGAGAAGAAUGAAAAGGCAAAGAUGAAUCGACAAGCGAAGGCAGCGGAUAAGUCAAAUAAAAGCGAAGCAUCUACUAGCACAGCUACGGAUAAAGGGAAAAAUCAACAAGCGAAGGCUGCGGACAAGUCAAAUAAAAGCGAAGCAGCUACUAAUCCAACUACGAGUAACGCCGUCACAGACAAAGGGAAAAAAACCGACGCCGAAAAGCAGAAGUCGGAUAAAAAUAAAGCAAAGAAGCACAAGUCCCACAAGUCCAAGCGUAGCAAACAUGACCAAUCCAAAAAUGACGAACAAAAAUCGCAUAAGCCCAAAUCCUCGGGAAGUAGUGAAGGGAAAACAAAGGAUAAAUCAACACUUCCAGUCGCUAUUGACGAAAAGCGAGUGGAUAAUAACUCAGUGGCAAACGAUGAGCCAGUGAUGGAGCCUGCGUUGCCAUCCUUGGAGCAACAGGCAGCGCUGGAUAAAACGACUAGUGACAAGGAUACAACAAAACAGCCUGAGGAGAAACCAGCGGAUAAGCAGAGUGAGACAAGGGAACAGCAAGUGAUUAUAGAAAACGCAGCGCUCAAGCAGGAAAAGAUUACUGAUAAACCGCAGCCAGUACCUAAAACGGCGGUAGUUCCUACUGGAACUAUGGUGGUCAUACCCAUGAGCAAUUGUGCAUCAAAUCUUGAUGAGCAGCAACAGACUGAGGGCACAGCCGAUAUAGAUAAGGAUAAGAAUAAGCAAACAAUCAAACGAGCGGCUGAGCCAAUUUCAGAGUUCAAAAGCAAAAUGCAGCGACGCAAGUCAAUGAUGCCCAUUAGCAGCGAAUCGUUAGUGGACCGCGAAGAGCUCUUCAGUAGUCACAGUCUGGUCUACGAAGACGUCGUCGAUCAUCAGCGCGAGCAAGAAGUACGAAAUAAGGCAGUAAAAGCUGCAGGAGCUGGAGCGGGAGCAGAGCCAUCGCAGCAGCAAGAACGGAUCAACCGCAAACUGGCAACAAUAUUUGAGAAAUCCACGGACAAUUCCAAAAUCUCGACGCAAAACAUACUGGAGGGCAAGCGACGUACGCGCCUCAAUUCACUGACCUUCAAUGAGACCCAAAUGGGACGCAAUGCGGUCAUGUUGGCCGCCUUUCAAGCAGGAGGGCCAGCACCGCAGGCGGUGGCAACGGCUACCACCAAAAAAGCUAAUAAACACGCUCGCUCUAGCAGCGGCAAAGCAGAUCUGCCGUCAGCAAAACGCCAGCGCUUGAACGAGUCGGCAAAUCAGUCAAAGUCGGGAAGCGGAGCGAAGGCAGCGGAGCCCAGGUUCAAGCCCAUGCCGUCAGCAAAGCAACCAUCCAUAAACGAGUUGAUAACAGCCCCAAGUACAAGCGCCGAGCCCAAGCCGACGACAGAAAAACACACAUUCCCGAAAGAGUCAGCGUCAAGCUCAAGCGCAACUGAGAACAAGCCGAAGCCGAACGAGUUGAAGACGCCAGGCGCAACUGAAAGCAAGUUCAACGAAUUGCAAAAUGAGUUGAAUGCGCCCAGCACAACUGAGGGCACGCCAAAGCCAAACGAGCCCGAACCCCUCAUGAUAGCAAACAUCACAGCGCUGAGCGAGUCGGUAAAGCAGUCGAAUGCGCCAAGCACAAGCGCAACUGAGGGUACGCCCAAGCCCGUGAUCAAGCGCAAGCGCGCCCAACAGCGUCUGAAUGAGCUGGAAAAAUUAAACAAGGACAUAUCCGAAAUGUACUAUGCGGAUGAUGUGCUGCGCGCCACAGGACGACGAAAUUGCAAUAAGGGCAUAACGUACGGCAAUCGCAACAAUAACAACAUCUCUACUCUAAGUAGUGUAGAGCUAACGCCCUACAUACGUAACGUAGCACGCCGUGGACGUUCCUGUGGUUCGGCGGGCGUAACACGCAUGGGAUUGAAAGCCAAAGAGACGCAGCAGCAGCAGCAACUGGCGCAAUUCCAACUACGACGUCUGCGCGUGCGCAUCAAGUACUGCGAGCAGCUGGAGCGUCGGCUUAGGGAGCAAAACCAGGCAACAGUGAAGAACAUAAAUCCCGCUUGGCAUGCACUAUCGUCAAACCAAUCGGAAUGUUUGGUCUGCAAGCUGCCGGUGCAGCGGGACUACAAGCAUUACAAUCAACACCAUGGGGAGUACUUUUUCGCGCGCCUGUCUCCCGGAGCGUUGGCGGACCUGCGCAUCGGCCUUGGGAAUCGUCCGAUUUACGGCUCGACCGCCGAUUGCUUUUGGCCGCAAUAUCGACACAAGUGUCCCUUCUGCUGCACGGAUCUGGAGCUCUCGAAGACGCGUUGGUUGGAUCAUUUCGCCACGCACACCGGCGAGGGCGGCUACUACUGCUCGUUGUGCCGCAAGAUGUCCGAGAAAUCGACUCCGCUGGCCGAGCAUGUGGCCCGGUGUGGUGCAGGCGCUCACAUCCUUACCAGCAAUAGAUUUAGAACUAAAAUCCCUUUGCCCAUUAUCGUUUGCCAUUUGUGCGAAUUUGUGCAGACGAAUCGAGCGAACAUGGAGAAUCAUUGGAAACUUCAGCAUGGCAUGCGGGCCAAGUCCGUGAAGGGCUUGGGAGAGGAGCUGAUAUUGUUCCGUGUGGAUGGUGUGCCGCUGGUGAAGAAGCGUUCGGAAGCUAUGGCACUGAUCAAGCAGAAUAAUCGUGCCAGAGAGACAGCAGCGCAGGAAUUGGUAUUGAAGCAGCAGGAGGAGGACGAGCAGAGUGAGCAAGAAGAGCAGGUGGAUGAAGAAGAUACCAUAGAGCAGGAAGAGCAGGUGGACGACGAAGAUAACGUAGAGCAAGUGCAGCUGCUCAUACCUGGCAUCAUAGGAAUGCCUCCACCAUUGCCCGAGGAGGACCAAGUGCUGGUGGUGAAUGGCUGCAAGUACGAUGAGGAAGACGAAAUUAUGCCACCGCUGGUGGCACCAGCCACUCCAGUGAGCAACCCACCAAUGCAGGAGGAGGAAGAGGAAACACUGCAGCCAAAUGAAGAAGUAGAAGAAGAAGCAGCAGCAGCAGAUCCGCAAGCGGAACAAGCCGCUAAAGUCAAGCCGAACCUUUUCCACCACUACAACAAGUUCUACAACAGAUUGCAAAACAAUUCACCUAACCCCGCCGUUCCCAGUCCAAGCGCUGGCAGUGGUAACGUUGGAAGUAAACGCAACAAAUCUCCAGGCAGCGUUGGCAGCAACUGCAGUGAGACAACAGUUGAAGCUAUGGAGUCAGUUGAAAACAGUUCAUCAGUGAUUUCGAAGCCGAGAGCUGAGGACUCUUUGGCUACAAUCGUGGAGAAUGUGUCCUUUAACAAUCAAAACUACUAUUGCCAAUAUACGGGAUGCGAAUUCGAGACCAACGAGCCGAAGGCACUGGAGACUCAUUUUGAGCUAAAGCAUCCGUCGGUGCGUUGGAGUGGCGGCUGUUUUAGCUGCGUGAUCCCAUCGAGUCGUCCGCAGCUCACCAUAGCCGAAGAGCUGCGACAUAUGAUGGAGGUGCAUAAGCCGCCAGCACCAACCGAAACAGCGUCUGAAGAAGAAGCAAUAGCAGAAUCAGUUGAUGAAAAGCCACAACUUGUGGAUGAGGUGGUGGUGUCGCCGCCGCCGUCGCCGGUGCCCGAGCCGGUGGCGCCUCCUGCGGUGCCCAGACUGCGCGUGCGUCGCUUUAGCGGCGAUCGUUUUAUCGCAGAGUCCGUUGAGGAGAGCUCCUUCGAGUUGGAAUCGAACAGCCAACGUAUUCAGACAUUCUAUGAUACAUACGAGAACUACACCCAAGAGCGUAAAGCGGCGCCUCCGCCCAUCGCUCGACGUCGCAAAACUUUCUGCGCCGCCGCCAGCAGCUUGGAACUGGGUCUAGCCAUCAACUCGGUGUUUAGUCUGGCUGAGGUGGUGUCUGGAGUCCCUGAUGUCGCUGCAGAGGAGACGGUUAUGUCUGCCGAUCAGACACAGAUGCCUGCUGCGGCCAGCAACGCUGACUUUGUAGUCACGCAAAGUGUGACGCCCAGCUAUAAUGGAGAAGCUCCACCGCAAGUUAACAUUUCCAUCGAGGCGCAUGGCGAGGCAACAGCUGGCGCCUCCGCUCCUUCAGCUGCCGUUGAUCGCUUUCGCUGCAUGGCGGCCAAUUGUAAAUUCUUUACAUACACGGUCGUGGAUAUAAGGAGUCAUUUGAAUUUCCAUAGCUUGGUAAGCUUUGGCAACAAAGAUUACUUAAAGUGCAUCUACUGUGGCCUUGUGGCCAUCGAUGUGGAUAAUUUUGUGCGACAUGGCGUCUCUGUGCAUGGGCUGGGCUCACCUGCGGAGCUGCUGCUGCCAGCUCAGCCAACUUCAUCUACCGAACUCAUACGCACACUACUGGAGCAGCGACGCAAUCCGCCGCGUCCUCCAGCUGCAGCGACAGUGACAGCAACAGCGACAACAAGUGCAACAACAGCAGCUACUCAGGAGAAGACGGAGCCCUGUCCGGCCUUUAACGUAAUGCUGGAGCAGCUGCUUAAUCCCACUGGACUUGAAUUGAGCAAACUAUUUGCAUGCCCGCAACGGGGCUGCCACGUCACCUUGAAAGAGGAGGAGUUCACCAACCAUGUGCUCUACCACGUCUCGAGCAAUCCAAGCAUCCAGCCACUGAAAUGCAAGCACUGUACACAGUCCUUCGAGCGUCCAGCUGAGAUGCGUCUGCACUUGAAGCGGCUUCAUGCGCGGCAUCAAUACAUUUGCCAGCUGUGCCUGGCGACAACCGUCGAUGCGGCUCUGAUGCAGCAUCAUGUGCGACAGGUGCACGCACUUGGGGGCGGCGCUUCCAAGUUCGUGGAGCUACCGCAGUCGCAGCUGCAACUGAAGCAAAGCUAUUGGGUGGCCGUGAUGGGAAAAGAGGACACGUUUGGCAAGCUGCAGCUGGGCAGACUGAUUGAGGGGCUGUGCGUUGAGUGGCAACUGCGUCGUCGGCAGCCAAGUGCCAAGACACGAUUUCAUCCAUCGGAGCUGCAUGUGCUGCCCACUGGGGGUCAGUUGCUGCCACACAAGGUGCAAUGCACCGAGUGUCGCUUUGGCACCAAUGAGAGCAAACAGAUGUUGUCUCACCUCAUGCUACAUCGCAUCGAGGCGGUGCAUCAGACCUACAAGCAGCGGAAUGAACAGCCAGCAAAGGCGCCAGUGGCAGUGGCAGUGUCAGGAGCUGAGCCUGCUGCUGCCAGCCAAUCGGGAACGGCAACAUGUGGCAGCAUGGUAGUAGCAUCACCACUGGUGGAGACGGAGACAGGCGGGCAGUGCAAUGUGCAAAGGCCGCGAUAUGGCUAUGUGCCCAAGGAGGUGCGCUUCGUCUGCGGCGUGCCGCAGUGCAACGAGCGUCGAGAUAGCGAGUUUAACCUACGUUGCCAUCUGAUCCAGAGCCAUAGAUAUGCGGAUACCUACACGUGCCCACAUUGCGGGGAGUCGCAGACUCGCCUGCUGGUGACCAAUGUGCUGCUGCAUCUGUCGAUGCACAAGCGUCAUCUGUAUCAGUGCGGCGCCUGUCCGGUGUUCCAUGCCAAGAAAAUUGCCAUCGAUAGUCAUAUUAACGAUAAGCACCCCGAUGCCUCGGUGGAUAUUAUCAUCCAUAAACGCAACGAUAGCGCCUACAACAUGCAGCUCGACGAGACGCGCUGGCUCAAGUCGGCGGCACGCGUCAACUUCGGCGCCCCCAACGACUUUGUCUGCAACAUUUGCCGCUGGCAAUCGCCCAACUACAUUCAGAUCUUGCGGCAUUCACAGAAUAUGCACGACCAGCGCGAUCAGUACAACUGUCCGUACUGCAAGGAGGGCUUCUCGCUGGAUGUCGUCGGCACCAUUAUCCACAUACUGCGCCAGCAUCCGGGCAAGCGCGUGCAGCCGGUGCAGAGCUUCCAGCGCCUGCGUAACGUAUUCAAGAAUACGCUCGGCUUCUACUGCAACAAUUGUCAGCGUGCGGCAACAACGUAUCAGCGUAUGCUGGGCCACUGUGUGGAGAAGCAAUUGACUCAUCAUCAGUACCAGUGUCCGCACUGUGAGUACAGCGCCUCGGUCGAGCGCAACGUUGCGAACCAUUUGGAGCGACGUGGCAAGCACAAGAGCACGCUUUUGGGCCUGGCACUGCAUCAGUUUGAGCGUGUGUUCAAUGAGCUGCUGGACAGCGAUUGCUGGCAAUUGGCUCAGCCUAUGCGAGACAAGCAGCCGCAGCAGCAGGACGAGCAGCCGCAGCAGCAGGACGAGCAGCCGCAGCAGCAGGACGAGCAGCAGCAGCCACGGAAGUCAAAACCAAACAACAGCGAGAAAGAAUUGGAAUUAAUUGAGGUAUUAUCCUCAGAUGAGGAGGCCGAAGAGCAGUUGCAGCUGCAGCAGGAGCAGGAUAAGCAAGCAGAGACACUAAUCUCGCUGUGCUUUGAGCUCACUUGCAUGAUGUGUGAAGCGACAGCCAAUGAUGUGGAUAAGCUUCGUCAGCAUUGGAUGAGCCGGCAUUCGCAUAAGCCAUUCUACUUUACUGUCAAGCCACUGCUAUGUUGUCCCUACUGUCUGGAAUUUGUGGGCGGCGCCAAAGUAUUGGCUGCGCAUUUGCAGGAGAAGCAUUCAAUACACAACCUCAUCGGCUGCGAUGUGCGCCGCAAGACCGAGUGCGCCUUCUGCAGCUUUAACUUCGGCACCGACACGUCCAAGCUCGUCAAUCACUGUCGAACCGAAAGGCAUUUUGCCCACGAGAUCAAGGAAUUAUCGAACGGCACGUUGAAGACACUGCUGGAGCCCAGCGCCUUGGGUUUGCGCACCAGCUACUUUAUCUGCAACACGUGUCGCCAGGUGCUGCCCACGAAGGAGGCAAUGGCACAACAUGGCAGCGAGAAGCACAAGACAAUACAAGGAGGCUUCUGCUUUCUGCAGAUUAAGAAGGAUAUUAUAUACUAUUGCGCCUUUUGUCGUUUUGCGUCCACCACGGAGAUGCUUGUAAUGCGUCAUAUGCUCAAUCACUUCAAGGGCUUCCGCCAAUGCAGCUACUGCAACGCGCACCAAAGCGAUGACUUCGAUGAAUACAUUCAGCACUGCUAUACGGCGCACAAGGAGCUGGUGCGGACGACCUUUGAGGCAGUGCAUCCGUUUAGGCAGAUCAGCAUGUAUCUGAUGCAUACGUUUAUGCAAUUCCCCAACGGCUUCAUCGCAAGCAAGAAGAGCUUGCGCUACACGCGCUAUCAUGAUGUGAGCGUCAUCCAAGAAGUAUACCGUGGGCUUCUGCGCGAUGCAGUGCAGCCGCCAAUACCGAGGAUUAACAUUGCGGCAUUGAUGAAGCGCAAAGAAACCGCUAUUAAGAUAACAAAGCGCCGCAAGACUUUGAAUCCCAACGAUUUGAAUAGAAUCAGAGAAAGCGAGGCAAGCGGCACACAACAAACGCAAACGCAAGCAGCUUCAAUAACUCCAGUUCAUGCAAGCAGUGUCGUAAGCAAUACACCAAGCCGUGUUGCAAGCAGCGCAGCAAGCAGUUCAGCAGUAAUUGUGCCCAAUACGCGAAUUGUCGAACGCGUGCCAUUUUAUAGAGAGACUUCGUUUACCAACAAUGCAACCGUGGCAGCAACUUCAACUGCGCCCACCAAAGUAUUAUUAAUACCUGUGUCCAGCCCACUAAGUGUACCCAGUUCAACAUACAUACAAAGCCUGUUAAUGCAACAGCUCCACCGGUCACAGCUAAUGCUGUAA